CAGCAUGGAGGUGCCUGCUCCCAGCAGCUAACUUUGGAGCAGCUGGAUCGCUAUACUUUGCUGGAUGGAGAACCUGCGGAGUGACAGCAUCGUUUUACACUGAUCGGAAACGUUAGCAGCCUGUAAUACCAUGGAGUUUGGAAAAGUUUGGUCAAGAUAUCAGAGGACGCUGCUGAUCACCAUGAUGAUGUUCAAACUGGGCCUAUUGUGUACAGCAGCAGAAGAUGCAUGCUUAUCAGCUCCCUGCAGCAAUGGCGGCACUUGUCUCGACCACCUUGGUGACUAUGUGUGCCUUUGCCCCAAAGGACCCUUGUGGUAUACAGGUAAAAACUGUGAUGAGCUAUAUGACGCCUGCACUGACGCAACUUGCACCAACUGCACAAGCAAACCUGGAACUGGCGAGUACACCUGCCACUGCCCAGAUGGUUUCACAGGGCUCAAUUGCACCCAGGGUGUUGAUGAAUGUCAGAGUAACCCCUGCAAGGGUAAUAAGUCCUACUGUGUUGAUGCAGUCAAUGGCUAUUCCUGCCACUGUCCAAUUGGAUUCGGAGGUGAGCACUGCCAGGAUAAUGUGACCAAAUGUUCAGAGGAAACAUGCCACAAUGGAGGAACCUGUAUGGACAUCCCUGACUCUGGGCACCGGUGCCAGUGUGCUGCAGGCUACCAGGGGACAAACUGUGAGGAGAACAUAGAUGAGUGCCAGUCUGAGCCCUGUCAGAAUGGAGCCAUCUGUAAAGACAGGGUGAAUGCAUACCAAUGUUUCUGUGUGCCAGGAUUUCAAGGCUUCCACUGUGAUUUGGACAUCAACGAGUGUGCUUCCCGACCCUGUCAAAAUAAUGGCACAUGUCAGGAUGAGGUUGAUCACUACAGGUGUGACUGUGCUCCAGGCUUUAAAGGGAUUAACUGUGAGGUGGAGAUCGAUGAGUGUGAGAGUCAUCCCUGUCAGAAUGGCGCCACCUGCCAAGAUCAUGUUGCCAUGUACUUGUGCGAGUGCAUGGCUGGCUUCCAGGGGCAAGAUUGUGAGGUCAACAUUGACGAAUGUGCCAGCCUGCCCUGUCUAAAUAAAGGAAAAUGCAUAGAUAGAGUGAACAGCUAUGUGUGUGACUGUGAGGGGACAGGCUUUGUAGGGGACCACUGUGAAGAAGAUAUUCCUGAAUGUGCCUCUGACCCCUGCCAGCAUGGAGCCACAUGUUUGGAGGGGACCAACCAGUACUACUGCCUCUGUUUGACAGGUUAUGAGGGAGACAACUGCCAGGUGGAUAUAGAUGAGUGUCAGCAGCACCCCUGUGACAAUGGUGGUGAGUGUUUCCAGCGCUCAGAUGUCCUGAACUAUGGGAAGCUUCCUGAACUCAGCCUUGUCGAGUUCAGCUAUGAUGUGGCCGCUGGCUUCAUCUGUCACUGUACGCCAGGAUUCAUUGGAGAUGACUGCUCUGUUAAUGUGGAUGAGUGUGAGUCUGCUCCAUGUCAGCAUGGAGGAAGCUGUCAGGAUCUUGUCAACUCUUAUCAGUGUGUCUGUCCAGAUGGCUUUACAGGUGUACACUGUGAGGUAGACAUCAACGAGUGUGACAGUAAUCCCUGCCAGAAUGGUGCCACCUGUGAAGAUGAUGCCAAUUCCUACAGGUGCCACUGCCCUAUACUUGAGCCUGGCCAUGAGCCCUGGGGUGGGCAAGACUGUGAUAUCAGACUUGUUGGCUGCCGGCAGCACCAGUGUCAGCAUGAGGCAGGCUGCAUCCCCAAUUUGACCAAAAAUGGUGAACAUGGGUACACCUGUCUGUGUCCUGCUGGCUGGGCUGGAGAUCGCUGCAAUACCUCCACCACCUUCUCCUUUAACUCUGAGGGCUAUGUCCAUAUGCAGCUGCCUGUUUUCAAGAACAAAACAAAGCUAAACUCUGACGACUACAACGUUCUACACAUGCAGCUUCGAUUCAGAAGUACUCUACCUGACAUGGUGCUGUACUACCGGGGCACCAUGGAGAGCUUUGUAUCUCUGGAACUUGUCAAAGGUUCCCUCCAGGCAAAGGUAAAGUCAGGGAAGGUACUGCAGGUCAUUUACCCAGGCACAGUCACUGAUGGAGAAUGGCGCCAAGUAACUGUGAUCAUGGAUGUGAGGUUGGUUCUGACUAUAAAAGGACCCGGCUGUGAGGAAGGAUGCCAGGUAAAGAAUGAGAUUCAAAAUUAUCUGAUCUUCCUCCAAUCCAGCUCCUUCCAACAGCUGUAUAUAGGGGGGACACCCCUGCAAUAUAUGGACAACUUGUCCAGUGGAAAGACAUUCAUUGGCUGUAUGGAAGACCUUCAAGUUGACCAUAAGCUGCUGCUGCCUCAAGACCUCAUCAGGGAAGAUAAUAUGGGCUUGGAACUGGGAUGUACCAAACAAGACUGGUGUCAUGAUGACCCGUGCAUGCAACAUGGACAGUGUGUGGACAUGUGGAUUCAUGCCAGCUGUCAGUGUUAUCGGCCAUAUUAUGGAGCACACUGCGAAGAAGAGUAUCCAUCCUGGACUUUUGGCCAUGAAAACAGCACCAGCUACUCUGCCUUCAACAUAUCAGAAACCCAUGGAGACAACUUUACCAUUUCCUUUUUAAUGCGCUCCCUCAAACACAAUGGCAUGCUGCUUCAGUUUUGUCGAGAAGGAGAGGCCUACCUGACUAUUUACCUGAAGGAAGGCACUGUUGCUAUUUACAGUCCUCACACCACACUUCUCUCAGAAGCCAAGUUAGUUACUGAUGGGAAAAAUAAUCUGGUGACUGUAAAGGUACAUUGUGGCCAUGUGGUUUUCCCCAAAGCGGGGAAUAAACGUGCCUUAGGAAAUGUAAGUGUAGAAGCAGGGGAUGUGGUAUAUGUUGGAGGGCUCCCUGCAGGCAAGAACAUGAAUGCCUGGGGUGGAAACUUCAAGGGCUGUCUGCAGGACAUUCGACUGGAUCACAAGCAUCUGGCUGCUGAAGGUUAUCCAGAUAGAAUGGAGGUUUACCAGUCAAGCACCGAGGACAACCUGCUGCCAGGAUGCCAAAGUGAUGACACAUGCAAUAAUGAGCCAUGUUUGAAUGGUGGAGAGUGUCAGAUCACCUGGAAUGACUUCAGAUGCACCUGCUACAUUAACUAUUCGGGCCAACUAUGCGAGACUCGCUUGUGGUGCAUUGAAAAGCCCUGCUCUGAUGGAUUGCACUGCAUGGAGCUACAGGAUGGUUAUGAGUGUUUAACUGAAGCCACUUUUCAAGACAAUUCUCUCCAAUACGUUGCCAAUAGCUCCCUGCUGAGCCCUGUAACCAAUAUCACCAUGGACAUACGAACACGGGAUGAGAAUGGGAUCUUGCUGCGGGCUGUCAGCAGAUCUAAGGUCUUCUGCCUGGGCUUGCUCAACUCCAGCCUGCUGAUCAAACUGGACAGUGGGGAGGGUGCAGAGCUGCUCGCCUUCACCAGUGACAGGACAGUUGCAGAUGGGGCGUGGCACCACAUUCAGCUUACCAUGGUCGACCCCACACAGUCAGAAUCGCGCUGGCGCCUCACUGUAGAUGGACACAGAGCUGGUGUUAGCUUUGGAAUCAGUGGUAAUCUCAACUUUCUUAAUGACACCAAAAUCUGGCUGGCAGAGAAAUACACAGGAUGCUUAGGAGAGGUGAGACUGGGUGGAGUCUACCUGCCACUCAUAAAGGUAGCAGAUGCACCUCAGAUGAGCCGGUUCACCAGAGUGGGUGGGCAUGAGCCAAGCAUAGGGUGCCAAGGUGCACCUAUUUGCGAUUCCCAGCCCUGCUUCAACCAGGGUGUGUGUCAGGACCAGUUUAAUGAGUUUAACUGCAGCUGCAAACCUGGAUGGGAGGGGGAACUGUGUGAGACAGAGAUAAAUGAGUGUUCUUCAACUCCAUGUGUCUACGGUACAUGUAAAGACCUCCUGGCAGAUUUCCAGUGUGAAUGCGAGCCUGGAUACAAGGGGAAAAACUGUCAGGAAGAGGUGGAUAACUGUCUGGAGUUCAAGUGUGAGAAUGGAGGAGUCUGUGUGGAAACACUGGGAAAUCACACCUGUUCAUGUCCUCCUGGCUACAUUGGGAAGCGUUGCCAGUGGCGUUUUCCUCCUGUGGCAUGCAAUGUAAACACUGAUUGUUUUAAUGGAGGGGUUUGUAUUGGAGGUGACUCUGGUGGCAACUGUACCUGCAAGCCAGGAUAUGCUGGUUCCAGGUGCGAGACAGAAAUAGAUGAGUGUGAGUCCAAUCCUUGCCUCAAUGGUGCCACCUGUCUGGACAGAAUCAAUCACUUCCAGUGUGUGUGUGUGCCAGGCUACAGUGGCACACUUUGUGAGAGCAAUAAAGAAGAACAAAAUGGGCGAGUUCCCUGGUUGGCAGUAACUAUUCCACUAACCACCUUAUGUGUGUUGCUGGCCAUCCUGGUGGUGUUUUUUCUCAUCAUGACAGCACGAAAAAAGCGUCAGUCAGAGGGCACAUACAGCCCCAGCUCACAGGAGGUAGCUGGUGCCAGACUGGAAAUGGGCAGCGUCCUCAAAGUGCCCCCAGAGGAGAGGCUUAUCUGAAGUGUGAAGCCUUUACUCACAGGCUUACAUCCAAAGGAUGUAUAUUAAGGGUGAGAGGUCAUAUAGUCUUCAGUGUCAUACUUUGCUAGAAGGGAAGAGGUAAAGAAAUAAUCAUUAUCAAAUUUUCUGCCUAGAAAAAUUUGUGUUGUUCACACCUUAGAGGUGAACAAUUACCUUGAAGCUGACAGAAGACUGUUCUGUUAGAAUGAGCCUGGUCAUUGAUGUUCAACCCUCCGAAAAACUGGGCAUUCCUUCUCAGAUUCCAACAAUAAGUCUGUUUUGUCUAAAUAAAGAGGAACAUCUAUGUAAGAACAAAACACUGACUGCACCACAACAGGAGUUCAGGAGCAGUUUGAAAGCACAACAAAGAACUCAAGGUAUAGACCCAUCCUCCAAACUCCUCAGGUCCCAGUCUAAUCUGAGCUUUUGGCAUGUGAUCAGGAGGCUAAAAGGGCCAAAACAUGUCAGUCCCAAAUUCCAGACCCCACAAGACACCUGCAGAGAUUCCAUGUCCAUGGAUAUAUAGCUACAUUAUGUUUGGAGCUUCUUUGGCAGAACAAACACUACACAAGUUUAGUUUUGAUGUUUUGACUGAUCCAUGUAAAUUGAGGAUCACUUAGUUCCCCACUAUUUGUGCUAGUAUUAGUUACACACUGAAGAGGAUGUCUGCUUAUUUUUUUUUUUCAGGAUUUUUAUUUCCUUGUACUCUUUUGCCAUAUUAGGUUUUGCCAUCUGAUUUUCAUCUUUCUUUCAUUCCACAGGGAAGAUUGAACUUUUUUUUUGUUUUAUUUUGUUUUUUUGUUUUUUUUUUUAAUCUAGAAUAUAAACCUCUUGUUGUUAAAUUGCAAAUUCAAAAAUGUUGAAUUUCUACAAUGUUGUCAGGGAUUAUACUUGCCUAAUACAAAUGGUGUUCCAUUGGAAAAGAGCAUUUUUUAACUUCUUAACAUCGAGCACAUUACCAGUGACCCAUCUAUGGUUAGGGGUAGGAUUUAGCUGAAAUACCAUACCUUUUUAUACAAUUUUGGCCUAUUUGAAACCAAAUGGAUAAACUUAUAACAGAAAAUCUGUACUGGUGCUAAAAUGAGUGGAUGAGGCUUUACUUUGUAUAACUUUAUCUAAUAAUAAUAAAUCUAAUAAACUCUUUAUUAGAAUUAGCUUUUUUAGCACCUAGCUAAAACAAAACCCAAACCUAACUCUAACCCUAACCGUAGUUGUGUUGCCAGUGACCUGGUGCAUGUUAAAAGGUUAAAUUAAAAAAAUGCAGUAUUAUUCAAUCACAUGAUGUACGCAGCACGUUAACUGCUUAAUCUUUGGCGUUAAUGAAACAGUGCAAAAAGUUCAUGUGAUGGAAUAUGAGACCAGAGCUCCAAAUCGAAUGUGUAAAUGGAUAUCACUGUGGCCUAAGUGGGAGUCAAAGCUAACUGCUGUAUUAUAUUGUCAGUGUGCACUGUAUGACUCAACACAGUCAACCACUCUGCCCAUUCUUUAUUACUAUGUAAUUAUAAUGUGAUAGUUGUAUGUAUGUCUUUAUGUUGUGUUUAAUUUGUUGCAAAAUUUGAAAUCACUUUAUUUGUUUUUCUGUUUGUUUUCUUUUAUAUUUUUAAGUGGAGGAGUGUUUAGCUGUAGAAAUCUUACUGCUGUAGUCUGAGGUGGUCACAUCUGUAUUUGUGGACAUAAAUUUCAAGAAAACACACCUACCAUUAUUACAUUGUAUCAGUUUAUACAUUAAGGCCAAUAACCAAUCAUUCAGCUUGAUUUUAAGCUAGUUGUUUUAUAUUGUUUCACAAAUACUGAUCAGACUGAAUUUGACCUUGAGAGUAGUGUAAAAUGUCCUCAUCAAAGUUAAGAAUUCCAGGAAUUAGCUUUUAAAAUCUGAUGCCACUGUCUUUACAUUUGUAGUCCUGUUCACCUGCUCACUUGCCUUUUACUCUGUAUUCACCAGUGCUGCUAACUUUACAAAAAUCUAGGAGACUUUUACAGUUAAUGAUGGUGCAGAGCUCCAUUGUUGUUUUGUUUGGUCUUUUCUUUCACCAAAAGAAAAUUUCAGUUCCGACAGGAUCGUGCGUAUGACUUUACGCUGAUAGUUUUUGUAUUUGUUCCAGUUCUGUUUCAACAUAAAUCUAUACAUCAAGGUUCUUCAUUGUUUUUUGGACAAACCCAAGCCUAUCCAACAACUGGAAUACAAACUAUGAGCCAAACGUGUUGUGGCUGAAGAAGCAAACCCCUUCAACAAGGUUUUUUUUUUUUUUUUUUAAUCUGAUGGAAAAUGAGAAAGCUGGGAAGUGGAAGCUUUUACAGCUGCACAUUAAUGCUCAAAGUUUUCAGUGAGAAUGAUAUCUCUGGCACUAUGAUGUCCAAGAAUUAACAAAUAAUACUGAAAUUAUAUACUAACUCCCCUUUUGGGAGAUUUUUGAUGCAUGACUGAAUUAUUAUUUUCUUUGUCCCAUGACAAUUUUUAAGAAGAUCAAAAAUUACAUUUUGUCAUACCAUCAGGUUGGAGGUUAUGUUUGGGUUUUGGUUGACUUACAGUAAGCCACAUUGCCACAGGCACAGUCUAGUUUGUGCUUGGUGUCUGGUGCAAAGCAUGGAGUUUAAUUGUAAAUGCCAAGUUUAAGGCAAACAUCCCAAAUUAUCAAGGCAUGCCCUAUAUAAAUGUAAUGGGCUAAAGUUUUUUUUCUCUUCAUUAUUAAAUUCCAAGGCUUUACUUGUAAGUCUUGUAACCUUUUAUGGAUGAGCUGUAAAUGUCAUUGUUGACUGGACUAUACACUGACGAAAUCAUUGCUCUAAAAAAAUGUGGUUAUUUAUACAGUUAUUUGUGGUAAUAGUAAUAAUGUGUGGUAAUUCAGGCUUUUGGCAUCUCGGCUUGCGUAUAUUCCUACAGUCUGACCACAGUGUUUAAGAAAGGUCUGAAAUCCUUAAAUGGCUCCUUUAAAAGUGACAGCAGGGAAUGUGUAGGUAUGUGCCUUUGUGUUCUUCUGGAUCUGUAAAACCUGAGCAUCCUGUGGUGUUAUUUGUUCCUGUUUAGAUGUUUUUACACCUUCUUGCAGACCACACAUGAGCAGCCACUAACAAAUGUCUCACUGCUCAAAUAUUUAAAUGUUGAUUAAAGCGUUAAGGUACGCACAGUAUUUACAAUAUUAUUUAACAGAUUAUGCACAAGACAAAUAUCUCAGCUAUGUACAGAAUGAUAGUGAUUUUACACUGGAGUUGUUUUUACGAAAGCUGUGCCAUGUACAGCAUUCUUUAGCUCUGUGCAUGAGGAGUUCUACUCCAAAACAUUACAUAGGCUCUUCAGGAAGCAUCAACAAUUCUGUUGUGUUGUUUGGAGACAUCAUUUGGUUUAUGAGUGAAAAUAAUGGGUCAACACAAUUGUUCUACACUUGUCUACAUUUACACUGUAACUGUCUUACAAACUCUCAUCUGUCAACUCAUCUUGCAUAAGAAUCUUCAUUUUUACUGAGAAUAGUUGUUUGUAUGAGAAAGACUUGUGUGCAACGCAAAAUGUAUUCUUCCAAUCCAUGUUGAUGGUUACAUUGUUUGCUUAUGUAUAUAAGGGAAAUGGGUCUGGAGAUAGAAUCAAGUUUGUUGGUAUGAAAUGUGUCUUAAUCAGUGUUAAAGUAAAAAUAAAACCUUAGCAAACUGAA